UCUUGCUGCCAAAGAGCAGAUGCGACUGGAGACUGCAGCCAAAAAUGAAGUUCUUUGUGUGUUGUCUCCUACUUCUUCCAUUUGCAACUACAGUGUUAACAGCCCCAGUCAGAGAUGCACUUGGCACAAUGACCAUACCUACAAAUGCAACAGCACACGGAAACCCUCCAAGUAAACCAGUGACAGAGAAAGACUCUGAAGAUAUGUCAGAUGAAAAAUCUGAAGAGAGUUUUGACCCCAAUGGAUUUACAGAUGCAGGCAAAGCUCUUGAAAGCCAUGAAAUCAAGAUCAUGAUUCCUAAAGUUGUGGUGAAUGAUAACGCACCAGGGAGGAAAACAGGAGUGGACGAGGACAGUGUGGAGCCAGUGGAUACAAGCAGAAGGACCAUGGUUCAAGACCAAGGGAGCACGGAGCGGACUGAUCUUGACAGUGAGGAAGGAAUGGAUGGAAAUUUGUCAGGAAAACAAGUUAUCCGUUUAAGUGGAGACAAAAUGACUGACAGUGCUGGUCAAGGCGCCAAUCUCCAAAGAAGGGCAGGAAGAGUUAAUGGCUUGAAUGGUAUGUUGGCCCCAGGCCAAAGCAGAGAAAUGCUAGACUGGGACAGUUUGGAGGACAACAAUGGCAGACCAGCUGCAGUGGGAAGCAUUAGAGAUCAAGGCUAUGAUGAAACCAGGGAGUAUAUCAGCUCUGAAACUUAUCCAAUAGCACCCCCAGAAAACAGGCCAAGUCAUUUGUCUGUUCCACCCAAGAGCCAAGCUCCCCGGUGAUCCUACGAAGAUUCCAUUUCUUCCUCAUAAUGAGUCAGGGGCCGCCAUCUGUUGAGUCAGAGGAGGCAGACAGGCUGCUUCUAAAUUCAGUCACUUCGGGGAUUUUUUUGAUCCAAAUUUGGAUUUUUACAUGUAUUUUUUGUUACAACAUCAUGCGAAGAAAUAUAACAAACAAAGAGGUUUUAGCAAUUUUGCGGUAGGCUUACUUGUGCAAACUGGUUAAACAGAGUAAGUUUCUACAGUGUGAUGUUUGGUACAAAAACUGUAGUGUGAGAAAUGUCAGAAAGUGAAAUCAGGAACGAGCACAACAACUGCCUUUGACGACUUAGAACAGAAUCUAUCCGAGCCUGAAAUUUGUUGUUUUUAUCUCAGUAUCUAAAGUCUUUGUAACGUAGUCUGUGUUGACUGUAAUGUGAAAAUGUGUAAGAAAUCCUC